UACUGGAUGAUUUUGGGCUUCCUCCAUCCGGAUGGGUGAACAGUAAUGAUGAACAAUCAUGUGAACAGUACUACUUUUGGGCACCAAAUUUAGCCAACAAAAAUACUAACAUGCUAUAAUACAAUUACAUAUUUUGUUUCAGUACAUGUAACUCAAGUAGAAGGAUGAAACUUGUAGCGUUUCUUAUCUUUUAGUUAAUGAUGUUAUUGCUGAUCUUUUCACAUUUAGCCAUUUUUAUAAAUAAGCAAUUGUAAUGUUGCAAUUGUAAAUAAAAACAUUGAUAUGUAUGGGUGCAAAAUGUCUUAUCAGCUCUUGCUACAGCAAAGACUUUGUUUUGUAUGUUGGAGGGCAUGUCUGGGCGUUGGAUUGGUGUCCUAGAGUUCAUGAAAGGCUCGAGAAUCAUAUCAAAUGUGAGUUUAUCGCUAUUGCUGCUCAUCCUCCUGGAUCUUCAUAUCACAAGAUAGGUGCCUCACUUACUGGUACAGGUGUCAUUCAGAUAUGGUGUCUUCUAAACAUCAGUGUGAAUGAGGAAGAGGUGCCACCUCUAACAAAAAAGCAAAAACGGGGAUCUAAAAACAGUGGGGACAUGAAAGAAAAAUCAACUGUAGUGAAGGGGCCUAGAGGAAGACCUAGAAAGAUGCCAAAAGAAGAUGACAACGCAAUAGCAACUCAAUUGAAGAGGCCUAAAGGAAGACCUAGAAAGAUCCAGAUAGAAAAAUAUGUUGAUGAUUUGGAUUGCAAUGACCUGUAUGCUCAAGAUCUUGCUGUUCAACUCCUAGACGAUUCAUCAGAAUUGCUUGCUAUAGAUUGGGUUUCUUGGAAUGCCCAAGAACAUGCUGUACAAGAAGAGAAUGGUAAAAAGCAAGCGGCAUCUGCAUGUAAUCCAGCAGUUGAGACUCCUAUGCAGGGCAGAAGAUUGAAAAAUAGGAAAAGGGCAAGGAGUUACAGUGAUAAUAUAAGUCCAGAAUUAUAUACUUAUCAAAAAAAAAAUAAUAGAAGUCCAGAAUUAUUGACACAAAACGAAGACAUGGGAUCUUCUGUUACAAAUCAUGAAAUACAACAUAACUCUGAACAGGAAUCUGCAGCAAGUGAUAAUUUCUCACACAAUGGUUCCCUGGGAAUUAGCUCACCCAGUUGCAUGGUUUCAAACGAUGUUGCUCUGCCUAGAGUUGUAUUAUGCUUAGCUCACAAUGGGAAGGUAGCAUGGGAUGUCAAAUGGCGGCCUUCUAAUGCAUGUGAUUCCAAAUGUAAGCAUCGAAUGGGCUAUCUUGCUGUCUUGCUUGGGAACGGAUCUCUGGAAGUGUGGGAGGUUCCUUUUCCUCGUACAAUGAAAGCUUUCUAUUCUUCUGCUCCUCAGGAGGGCACUGAUCCCCGUUUUGCAAAACUGGAACCUGUAUUUAGAUGCUCAAUGUUGAAAUGUGGUGGCAUACAGAGUAGGAAAAUCUGUUUGGAGCAUCUCUGCCACUGUAUAUAAGAACGCACAACUUUAAAGUGCUCUGUUUGGCAUGGUAUGGCACAAGUAUUGGUGCAAGAUAUGUGCCAGCAUCGUAGCUAGAGGGUGUUCCUAAUGCAGCACCAGAAGGAAGAAGGAAAGGAGUGAACAUGCAAAUCCUUCUCCAUUAUUUUAUAUCUCUGGAAAGAUGACAUGUCCAACAUGUACAGAAACACCUGCCCCCUAGAUUACAUAGGGGAUCUUGUCUGUAUGUUAUGCAAUGGUUAUGUAUCUGCUAACUGUUUAGUCUAUGGAUUUCAAGUUUUCCAUAUGGUGUUGAAUGUUCUCCUUUUUCUGUACUUACCAAAAAAAAAUCUUCCAUAUGGCGUGGAAUGCAUGUUGAGAUGUUUGACUUUCUAAAAUCUUUCCUUAGAGAUUUGCUGGGGGUCAUGGUCUCCACCUCCAUCAUUAUGGAGGGCUUAGGUUUAGCUGGACAUAUCUAAGUAAUGUAGAAUGUAAUGAGUUCCAAUUAUCACUAUAGGCAGCUAUCUUUGUUGACAUUGUUAUGUGAUUUUCUUUAUCUUAAUUAAAAGCUAAUCUUCACUCCCAUCAU